AUGGAGUCCAACUCCACAGUGAGCGGCGGACAUGUGGACGACAGCAGUGAUGUGGUGUAUCUUUGUGAUGAGACGUUUGACUUCAACACUUUCAGUGGUGCCUUCUUCAUUUUGAUCUUCAUCUUCAGUAUCGCAGGCAACUGUCUUCUCCUACUUGUUCUCGCCACCCACGAGAACCUGAAAGAUGUCACAAAUCUUUUCAUCCUGAACCUGGCCGGCUCUGAUUUAAUCUUUAGUUUUACGCUCCCAUUCUGGGCCGUCUAUUACCUGCACCACUGGGUCUUUGGUGAGUUUACCUGCAAACUGAUUACUGCGGUAUACAUUGUUGGUUUCUACAGUAGCACCAUUCUACUGACUGCCAUGACUGUGGAUCGUUUCAUAAUAUUGGUGCUGCACAACUGGCCAAGCAACUCUGUAAAGAGGCAGAGGUUUGCAAUGGUAGCCUGUGUAGCUUCCUGGGUCAUCGGCACUGCUGCAUCCUUGAGAGAUGCUUUCAAAGUGAAGGUGGAAUACUCUGACGGUAUUUCCAGUUGUGAGGAUCCCUCCGAUGACCAUGAUAUCAACCUGGGCUAUUAUCUCCAGGUGUCACUGCUCUUCUUCCUCCCAUUGGCCAUCAUUGUUUUCUGCUAUUCUGCCAUCCUCAAGACAGUUUUGCAGGCUUCAAACAGAAAAAGGUACAGGACUGUAGUGGUGGUGUUAUGCAUUGUUGCAGCGUUCUUCAUCUGCUGGGGACCUUUCAAUAUUUUGCUUUUCAUCAUGUCUUUUUAUGAACCCAAAGACUGCGAUACAAGGGAACGCUUGGAGAUUGCCUAUUCUAUUUGCCGUAUACUUGCCUAUUCUCACUGCUGUAUGAACCCUCUGCUGCUUAUGCACUCACAAGAGUUGCGAAGACAUCUUUUGGAUCUUUUAUGCUGUAAGAAGGCCAAGAAGAAGAACAGGGAAAUAGACAUUGGCCAGAGCGCUUCUGUUUAUCAGAAUGUACAUUUUGUAGCACAAAACUCUGCUGUAACGUUUGAACUACACUCCGAAUAG